AAUAAAAAAACCAAAAUGUGCUGCCUUUAUAUUCCGUGAUACAUAGAGAAUGGCGUCGGUGAAGAAAGAUGAAGUUGAGGAGGAACAUCGAGAAGAAGCAGAACCUAGGAGAUCAGCACGCUUGAUCACUCCCUCGGCAGCCAAACGAGAGUUAGAAGAGUCGUCUGGCGAUUUUAAAACCGAACCACAGCAACACCAACCAGAGGGGGAAAAACAGAAGAAGAUGAAGUCGUUGGAGGGCGAUGAUGUUGAUAAGAAGAAUCCGACAUCGAUCAAGGACGAAAAGCAACCGGAUGAUGAUGAUGAUGAUCAUCAUGGCGAUGAUGAUGGUGAUUAUGAAUUCCGUAAAUUUACAAGCCAAGAGAGGUCGGAUAACAACAGGAGGGUUGAACAGAGUGAGGGGUUUGAUGUUGGGGAUGUUCCCGAUGAUAUUGAUAUUUGGGAUAUGCCUAUUAGGCCAUUGGACAUAUUGUCGGAUAGUGAGACUUUGAAGGAGCUCGAAAACUAUGCGAAGUUAGCUCUUGACAAGUACAACAAAGAUAACAAAACAAGUUUCCAGUUUGCGAAAAUCGUCAAGGCGAACUAUCGCGGCAGUUGCUGUGGUUGGUCUGGGCAUUACAUUACCUUGCAGGCCAAACAAAUGCCUGGUUCUCACCCUAUGAACUUUCAAGCUCUCGUGAAAACUUGGAGGGAUGAAGAAGUAAAGCUCGAAUUUUGCAGGGUGUGAUCCGAAUUUCUAACUACUCAAAGUAUUAUGUUGUGGCUGGUGAUGAACAAGAGUUAGGAGACCAUGUGGAAUUGAAGAAAGAGAGUGACAUUUUUUUCUUCUUUGCAAUGUGGAUUUGAAUUCCUAGGUAAUUUUGCCAUAGUGUCCAGGCAAAAUCUUAGUUAGUUGCGGUCAUUGUGAUUAAAUAAGUUGAAUAUUUUGGUUAUGGUAGUGCUAAAAAGUCGAUUUUUGGGAUUCA